AUGGUUAUCACUAAACGUGUACGCGGGAAUCAAAAGGGUGAAGCCUUCGAUGCAGCCGAAACACGAUAUGUUAAUGAGUACAACGGUUUUGUAGUGCCCAACGACAAUUAUGCAAUUAAACGCAUUCCUGUUAGCAGCAUGACGCCAGAACUCUUCUUCACUAACUACGUUUGUACCCGAACUCCUGUUGUGUUGACUGGGUAUCUGGAAGAUGAAACAUUUACAGCAUCAGAAAAAUGGACGAAGUCAAACGAUCGUCUCAUCGAACUCAUAGGUGACACUAAAUUAACAGUUGAACGUCGUGGAGGUCUUCACGAUAAAUUUGGAAAGGGAAUGGCAGUAGAAAUGCCGUUUUGUGAUCUGCUGAAGCUCAUGGCAUCAGGUGAUGAAUUUCACUACUUGACGACACAAGACGUGGCGUUUGAAGAGGAUGGACGACCUGAAAUAAUGUCUUCGUUCAUGAAAAAGCUCCAGUUAGACUUUCCCUUGCGUCCAAAGCUUAUGGGGUACUUGAUUCCACAAAAUAUCAACAUGUGGAUGGGUAACAGCAAACAUGGAUCUUCUUCUGGAUUGCAUCAUGACCACCACGACAACUUGUACAUUCUUAUGCGCGGCAAGAAGCACUUUCGUAUGUAUUCUCCGAGCGAUGCUUUUAAAAUGUACACUCAAGAACAAAUAGCAAACGUGCAUCCAAAUGGAUUAAUUAACUAUGUUGGAAAGGAGACAACACAUUAUGGUGCUGACCCAGUCGCUGAACGCAAAGCCCUUGCAGUGAUUGAGAGAAUAGAAGCCGAGCGUGAGCUUUUAAUAGCUGAAAAGGCCAUGAUAACGGGCGAGUUAGGAGCUAAGAUUUUACUUAAAGCGGCAGAAGAACGUUUAGAAGCAGCUAUGUUUGAUGUGCUGCAAGCCGAAGACAGUCAAACCGAAGUUGACGAAGAAUGUGAAAAUAGUGCUUCCGAUAAUGAAGAAAGCGAGGCAGAAGGAGAUGAAGAUGACUUAGAAGAGCUGGACGAACUCGCGCUAGAUCCUGAGGAACUGACAAAUACCACAGCUAAGCGCGACCUUGAUCAGUUAGAGGGUACGUUACCGGUGAAUUUCAGUCAGGUAGACACUCAGUUACAAGGCAGCGAACAUGCACAGCGAGAUGUAGAUGCCACAUUUCCCCACUUCAAACACGCUAAGGCCGCGUUUUGCGAUCUCGAGGAAGGUGAUAUGCUCUAUCUUCCUGCUUCGUGGUUCCACGAAGUCGUGUCGUAUAAUUCUGCUCAAGACAAUGGACAUCUGGCUUUAAAUUAUUGGUUUCACCCGCCGGAUCGACUCACGCCCGAACAUUUUACUUCUCCAUACUCCUCACCAUUUUGGGAGCGAGACUGGAAACAACGGUAUCAACCCGAGAAACAAUAUUAA